AUGAUUCUCGUGGCACUUCUUCUGCUGCUCCCUAUCGUCGUCUUUGCGUGGCGCUGGCGGAAGAUUGGCCAUCGAGAACGGUUUCUUCCUCCGGGGCCUCCGACGAGGUUCCUGCUAGGAAAUGCGCCGGAUAUUCCAAGGACUUUGCCCUUUGUCCAACUCUCGCGAUGGGCAGCGGAGUAUGGGGAACUAGUGUCGGUCAAGAUUUUGAACCAGACCAUGAUCGUCGUGAAUAGUGGACCCGCAGUGAAGGAGAUCAUGGAUAAGCAAGGUGUCUUCAGCGGAAAUCGCCCCCAGGCGUACCUGAUCAAACGCGCGGAGGGCGAAUACCCCAUAUUCUCUAACUUGGACGAGCGCAUUUUCAAGGGCAGCCGACGAGCUUAUCACACGUUCCUAACCAGCGAAGCUAUCGCGAGUUACUUGCCGAUGCAACAGGUAGAGUACGCAAGGCUCAUGCACGAUAUCGCGAGGUCUCCCGAGGACUUCAUUCCCCACAUCAAGCGUAUGUCUACUUCGAUCAUGGUUACCCUCCUCUACGGCAAACCGGUGUCAGACUUUGGGGAUAAUAAGCAUUUGUUAUACUUCGAUGCUAUGAAGAAGUUCACCGAGUUGACUGAUCCAUGGGCCCAUCCGCCUCUGGACAUCAUGCCCAUUCUCAAACACGUUCCUGCGCGCUGGGCCAGGUGGAAAGGCCUAUGCGAAGAGGCGAAGCGAUUGCGAGGGGCCUUCUUCGACGAUAUUACUGAAGACUUUGAGGCGAGAUAUCAUGCGGGGGAGCGGACUGGUUCGUUCCUGGAGAAGGUGCUUGAUCACCCCAAUCACUUCGACAUGACCAUCGAGGAAAUUAGGGGCAUGAGUCGCCUCCUGAUGGAUGGCGGAGUCGAGACGUCUGCGUCAUAUAUCCAGAACUUCAUCCUUGCUCUUGCAUGCCAUCCCGCUUGUCAGGACAAAGCACAGGCAGAGAUUGACCGAGUAAUCGGAGGAGAACGCAUUCCGACUCUGGAGGACUUUGACGAUUUGCCGUACCUUCGCGCUCUCAUCAAGGAGGUUCAUCGAUUUCGGCCUGUCCUUCCCGGCGCUGUACCUCAUAUGGCGGCCAGGGACAUUCGCUACAAGGAACAUCUCAUCCCGGAAGGCGCGAUCAUCGUCAUGAACACAUGGGGGAUUUUCCAUGAUGCGGAGGUAUUCGAGAACCCCGAUACUUUCGACCCCGAGAGGUAUAUCAAGUCGGAAUAUGGCGUCAAGGACGGUGCGAGUCCUGAUGGUCUCAGAGACACACUGCCGUUCGGCGCUGGGCGACGUAUCUGCCCCGGGGCUGAGAUGGGCCAGCGAACAAUCGCCAUCAACACCAUGAACCUACUCUGGGCGUUCAAGUUCACGGACAAGGCCGGGAAAUGUUCCAUGGACUUGGAGAACUACCAUGCUGGCGCGGAACUGUCGCCAAACGCGUUCUCCUGCGACAUCAAAGUGCGUGAUGCCAAACGGGCGAAGCUCAUCGAAGAAACCUACAUGUAUAUGACUGCUUGA